CGCACAGCACUUCGCGUACCUCAUCUCUGUGCUCCUGCCCAGCCUCCAAACAAGCGACGAGCCAUUGGGAUUGCACCACGUUAACUCCUUUCCUGAAGCCUCUGAAGGUUGAAGGUCGGGUCCUGCAAUGGGAUAUGGUCCCUCUCAGAUGACUGAAGAUUUAAAAAACAGAGAAUCAGAAAAGCAUAAAGAGAAGGCACACUGAAAAUAAGUCUGCUUGUGCAGAAUAAAAAACCCUUCCCCAUUAAGCUGUUUUCCCACUCUUCACCAAAAUGUCAGCUGUCACUUCGGCAACCCCAGAACCUCCUGCAGCCGCAAACCCUCCUCCUCCUGAGGUGAUCAACCCUACCAAACCUGGCCGCAAGACCAACCAAUUGCAGUAUAUGCAAAAUGUUGUUGUCAAGACACUGUGGAAGCACCAGUUUGCAUGGCCAUUUUAUCAGCCUGUUGAUGCUGUUAAGCUUGGCCUUCCGGACUAUCACAAGAUCAUAAAGAACCCAAUGGAUAUGGGCACAAUCAAGAAAAGACUGGAGAGCGUUUACUACUACAGUGCAAGCGAGUGUAUGCAGGACUUUAACACAAUGUUCACAAACUGUUAUAUUUACAACAAGCCAACAGAUGAUAUUGUGUUGAUGGCACAAGCGUUAGAGAAGAUCUUCCUUCAGAAAGUGGCCCUCAUGCCUCAGGAGGAGGUGGAGCUGCUUCCACCAGCCCCGAAGGGGAAAGGGCGCAAACCAGCAGGGCCUGGUCAGCAAGAUGGAGCCGUCUCCACUGGCUCGCCCACAUCUGUUUUUCCUGAUGCCACAUCGCCGAGUUCACAGACAGCAGUCGUAUCUCCAGCUCCAGUGCCCGCUAUCACCCCUAGCAUACCAGCUGUACAGAACACAACUGCUGCUGCUGUGAUACCCAGCAUGCCUCCAUCACAACCCACAGUUAAAAAGAAAGGAGUAAAGAGGAAAGCAGACACAACCACCCCUACUACCUCUGCUAUCACCGCGAGCAGGAGCCAAUCGCCCACCCCAAUUUUAGAAGGCAAGCAGAGCAAGGUGGCAUCCCGGCGAGAAAGCACCGGCCGCCCAAUUAAACCACCUAAAAAGGAUUUUGAGGAUGGUGAACUAGGCGUGCACGGAGGCAAAAAGGGCAGACUUUCAGAACAGCUCAAGUACUGCGAUGUCAUCCUUAAAGAAAUGCUGUCAAAAAAACAUGCCGCAUACGCUUGGCCUUUUUACAAGCCUGUUGAUGCAGAGGCUCUCGAGCUACAUGACUACCAUGAUAUAAUUAAACACCCCAUGGACUUAAGCACAGUGAAAAAAAAAAUGGACAGUCGAGAGUACCAAGACGCUCAGACUUUUGCUGCAGAUGUCCGAUUAAUGUUCUCAAAUUGUUACAAGUACAACCCCCCUGAUCAUGAGGUGGUUGCUAUGGCCAGAAAACUUCAGGAUGUGUUUGAAAUGCGUUUUGCAAAGAUGCCCGAUGAGCCAGUGGAGGUUCCUGGGGCAGGCGGUGUAGGCGGGGCCGGUGUGGUCAGUAAGAGUACUGUCAGCAGUGGGAGUAGUGGCGACUCCUCCACCUCUGACAGCUCCGACUCUGAGGAGGAGAGGGCCACCCGGCUUGCCGAGCUGCAGGAACAGGUGGGUGCGGAACAGUGUAUCUCUUUGGAGCACCCCAUUGGUAGCAGAAAGGGGAUAAAAAACGGGUGCACCAAGAAUAAUCAGCUGAAAGCCGUCCACGAACAGCUAGCUGCUCUUUCUCAGGCCCCUGUAAGUAAGCCAAAGAAAAAGAAAGAGAAGAAAGAAAAAGAUAAGAAAAAGGAGAACAAGCACAACAAAUCCAAGCCAGAGGAAAAAGCCAAGCCCGGACAGCCACCGAAACCAGUUCAGCAGAAAAAGGGUCCGACCAGAAAGGCUAACAGCACUGUUCCAGGCAACAGGCAACCAAAGAAGGGUGGCAGAGGGCCAGGCUAUGAGUCUGACGAGGAGAUGUCGCUCCCUAUGACGUACGAUGAGAAACGGCAACUGAGCCUCGACAUUAACCGGCUGCCUGGAGAAAAGCUGGGUCGGGUGGUCCACAUCAUUCAGUCCAGAGAGCCUUCGCUGCGUGAUUCCAACCCUGAUGAAAUCGAGAUAGAUUUUGAGACGCUGAAACCUUCCACUUUGCGUGAGCUUGAGCGAUACGUCAAGUCAUGUUUACAGAAGAAACAGAGGAAACCUCCACAGAAAGGAGGUUCUGGUCCGUCUCGGCUCAGCGGCAGCAGCAGUUCCUCAGACUCGGGCAGCAGCAGCUCCAGCGGCUCCACUUCAGACAGCAGUGACUCCGACUGAACACCUUUUUAUUUACUUUUUUAUUUUUAUUUUUUUAAAAAACAUUGUAUGCAGUCAAGGUUGUUUCCCCUCUGAGACUUUUUAUAAGAAAGAAAGAAAAGAGACAAUAAAAAUGCAUCAUGUCAGAACUUUUUUUUUUUUUUCUUUUUCUCGGAAAUGUCAUGAAGAAAAUUACAGAUUAAAAAAAAGCAAAUUAAUAGAUUGCUUUUUAUUUCCACUGACUCUGAAAGGGAUGUCCUGAAACUGCAAAGAGAAGUCAGUAAUUCUCUUUCCUGGUAAUGUUGUACAUUACCAUCGCAAAAUAAAACAUCCCAUCUCACCAGAGAGAGCAGAAAACUGAACGCUCACACUCUUCUCUCCUGAUUCGACUUCUGCACCAGUCUGUGUUGUAUUUAUUGUUUUGUUUUUAUUUAGUUUUUGCCGUGGCCUCAUAUUUUCCCCUAUUGGACGCUGUGCCAUUAUUGACUUUUUUUUAUUAUUACUUUUAUUAUUGUCCUCUCGUGAACUGAAAUGUGUGUCUAUGAAAAUCAUGCCUUUCCCAUUGUCACAAAUCUCAAGUAGUCCAGGGGAACAAAUGGCUUUAAUUAGGCAUUACAAGGUCUUUAAAGUUAAUUUGGCCAUUAUCAUACAGUAGAACUAUAUUAAAACCAUCUCAUACUCUCUUCAACUUAUAAAUGUUUGGUCAUGGGAUUCAAGUAGAUUUGGGUUUUUUUGUUGAGAUGCUUUGCAGUGAUGUGAACAUGUAAAUCAAGAUCACGUGCAGACUUCCUGUUUUAUUAAACAUCUUGGUCAGCAAUAAACGCAAUUCCAAACAGACUGACAUUUUCACAUACGAUAUCUAUUAGAUGAUUCUGAAAGGGUUGAUGUGAAUACUGACUCCUGUCAUCUGUACCUUGAUCUUUACUAUUGUGAUAAAGCUAAUGAUGAUUUAUUUCCAGUGUUUUGACAAUGAUCGUUAAAUCACAGAGUCUUCCUCUUCUCACGCUCUUGCAGAAUUGAAUUAUGAAUGUAAGGCUAUUGUAGAGCUUAUGAAUAGUACGCAGUUCCACUCAGGAGUGUUUUCCCUUCUGAAGAUUUCCAGCCAUUCUUCAUGUGGAUUGCUUUACGAUAUCUUAGAAUAACUAUGCUUUUGAUUAUUUUCUGAAGUGUUUGUAAGAUAUUGUAAUGUCCUCUCUGAAUUUUGUUUUUAAACACUUGUAAGUAUUGUAAAGGGAACUGGUAUUUGUUUUAUUUUCUCGAAACAGUUUUGGAUGUAUGGGCUGGUGUUGUGAAAAUAGUUUGCAGGAUCACUUCUGUAAUCUUUUGGCAGCCAAAAUUAAUGAGGGACAUGUAUCUUUCAGACUAAUUAAAACACUAAUAGAUUUAGUCAAAUCAUAAUUAUUUGAAAGUUUCAGUCAUGGUAUUCAUGAUUUUGUUGUUGUCUGUCUUCAUUGGGUGCAAAACUUCCCUGAAUCACUUCUGAGUGUCUGAUAUAAGUAAUGAUCGACUUCUUACUGGUUAGCGAUGGAAUGAAACUAAAUAUAUGACUAUAUAGAGAAAUAUAUUCAAGUAAAUUUGAAUUUAGGCCCUGAUUUGAAACAGAAAGGUUUUUUAUAUUUAAAUCAAAGUUUACUUUUUAUCUUUGACAUGCAUGCUGAUUUAUUGUAUUUUUCUUAUACAUUUUUGAGCUGUUUAUAGUUAUACUUCUGUAAAUGUCAGUCAUGGAAACAACAAAAUCAAGAAUACAGUGUGAGUAGAUGUAGAUGUGAGGUUGGGACGGAGGCAGUGGUAGAGGCUAACAUUUGAUGUAAAUGCCUGGAAUGUCUCCAGGUACAUUUUUUUCAUGACAAAAUGACAAAAGACUUUA